AUGAACAGCCUCAUACGUUGCCGGAGUCGCACGUUGCAGAAGGUUCUCGCCAUUGUUCAAUUCGUGUUGAUGUCCAGUGCUGCUCCUGCUCUAUCCACCGCCAGUAGUGACCUUUUGUCUCGUUGCGAACGCCUCUCGAGCACCACGGCAGUGCUCGAAGCGCCUUCGGAUGCCGAGUUGCCGUCUGACGUUGCAGCCACACUAACGGCGUCGUCCGACCUGCCCUGGAACGCUCUCAACGACGCGGCAAAGGUCGGACUCCUGUGGGCACAUGGCUACGUCUUCUCAAGUGGGUCGAGCAACGGGAACAAGACGGGCCACGCCCUUCUUCAGGUCUACACCCGAUGUGCAAUAGGAGAAGCAGUCGGUGUGGCAAUGGCCGACGUGAGCGUCUCGUACGACGACUUUACCGGCCCAAAGUGGCAGUGCCACGCAGCACACUGUGGCUCGGACUACUCCCAGUCAACAACUGCCCCCUGCGUGGCCGACGUGGCACGGGCCAUUCCGUGUGCCAUCGAUGGCGCAUCAGCGGCACUGGAGACACUUCGUGACGUGUCGUUCUGGACGUCGACAGCUUCUGCUCGGACGGUGCCGUACCCACAGGCGUUCGAGCACAACAUCUCGUUGCGGGGUCAGCCCAAGACGUUGCAGCUCUACUCGAUCCACAUGCAGAACUACAAUGAAAAGGCUGAAGCUGCUGAUGGUGUGUCCUGUCGAAGUCGAAGCAGUGGCAGUAGUCGUCACGCGCUGGAUGUGGUGAUCCCGUGUCUCCGAUUACAGGACACGACGACAGGUGGGCCCCGUGCGUCAGAGUUCUGCAAGCCGACGGUCGAUGGCGCUCGAGUGCAGCGCUUCCUUACGUCCGUUCGGGCGAAGGCACAGGUCAUUCAGCAGGUGGACGAUAGCGAUGAAGGGGACACGGAAUGGGACCUGAAGCUCAAAGUUGGCAUCGGAGGGGUCGUGCUCGUAGUUGUUGGAAUUGGCGGCGUCUGUCGCUGUUGGAAGAAGAUGACGAUGUUGCAGUCAACUGGACAGCUGUCCGAGCCUUAUGUGAUGGAAACAACGCCAGCGCAGCGUCGAGGCACGUCGAGGACGGUACAAACUCAUGUUCCAGUCACCUUACAAGUUCUUGAACAAUGUGGCAAACGAGUCGAUGGCUGUAGCGCUGACCCGUUGGCUGCUCCUGCCAACAGACAGGUGCAGACAAACCCCUCCCGUAGUCGAAGGUCGUCGUGGAAUACCUUUGGCAGUGCGAGUUAUCUCGAGUCGACACCUCACGGGGAUCGGUCAUCGAUGGCAGGAACCUGCAUGGGCGCUGGCACUGGGGGGAAGUCCGUGGCCGAGUUCUGCAACGAGUCAAAGGCGCUAGCAGCCUUCAUGCAGGACCGUCAAGUCUUGACGAAGCGGAUCGCUCUGGACGAGCUCACGUUCCUGCGCAUUCUGUCCAAAGGCGCGUAUGGCGAAGUGUGGCUGGGGCAACUCGAGACGCGGCACGUGGCCAUCAAACGACUGCUGCCCGAGAAGUGUCAGCUCACAGCCAGUGUCGAGCAGUUUGCUGGCGAGAUUCAGCUCAUGGGCGUCCUGCAGCAUCGGAACAUUGUGUCGUUCAUUGGCGUGUGUUGGCAUUGGCUGCAGAACCUGUGCGCCGUCGUCGAGUACAUGAACGCAGGGGACUUGGACGAGGUGCUCACGAGAAAGCGAGCGAAGUUUUCGUGGCAGCGCGAGAAGAUCUCGAUCGCCAUGGACGUUACCGAAGGUCUGGUGUACUUGCACUGCUUGAGACCUGCGAUCGUGCACCGCGACCUCAAGCCCAAGAACGUCCUGCUGAACCGCCACUUCCAUGCCAAGCUAAGCGACUUUGGCGUCAGUCGCAAGACGCGGGUGAACGAGACCAUGACGUCCGGUGUAGGCACGUUGCUCUGGACAGCACCGGAGAUCAUUGCAGGCAAAAAGUACGCGGAGAAGGCAGACGUGUACUCGCUGGGCGUCCUGCUGUCGGAAAUGGACACUUGUGCGCCGCCGUUCUCGGACGUGACGUCGGACAAGGGCGAGCGACUGCCUGGCAUGCAGCUCGCUCAACUGGUCCGACUGGGCAAAAUCCGCGUCACCCUGCGCCCAGACUGCCCACCGACGCUGUGCAAGUUGGUGAUGGACUGCACCCAGCUGGACCCGGAUGCCCGGCCUAGCUCGAUGCAGGUGGCGUUCACGCUCAAGAGUAUCAUUGCGCCAACGCUGCGGCUGUGUUCCUCAGCAGCCACGACAGCUUCCACGUCCUGUGCCACGAUGUGCCCACCCAGCGCAAGUCAAGACACGACAACUCAGGCCCCAGAGCGCUUGUUGACUUCAGGAGAAGAGAACUGCCGUAUGGACACAGCAGUGCAGUAA